AUGCAAACUCGUCAACCCACCACCCUGGCCGUUUCAAUCACCUUCUUCGUGAUUGCCAGUAUCUUCGUCGCCUUGCGCUUCGUCUCGCGCAUCUUCGUUGUCAGAAGAAUCGCGUUACACGACUAUCUAAUGUUGCUUGCAUGGGUGAUCGACUUUGGUUUCUGCUUCGCCCUUUUCUACGCGACAAAAAACGGACUCGGUCUUCAUUCCAGUGACAUUCUCCAAGAAAACGAAAGCGCCCUCAGCAAAGCCAAUUAUGCGUUCACCGUCCUAUACAACCCAGCCCUCAUGGCGGUCAAGACUUCAAUUCUUGUCUUCUACCUAACCUUGACUCGCAAUCAGAAGGUCUUUCGAUGGGCCAAUUAUGUUACUCUCGCCGUGGUCAAUGGCGCCGGUUUGGCCUUCGGUUCCCCGGGCGCAACUUGCACCGAUAUCGUCACACUCUACCUCUCUUCAUCUCCUGUCAACAUCAUCACCGACCUGGCUAUCCUGUUCCUACCGAUGCCAAUGUUGACGCAGAUGCGGCUACCAUUCAAGCAGAAGGCGAUUCUGGUUAUAACAUUUAGCUUCGGUUUCUUUGUGGCGGUGGUUGAUGUGAUCCGAAUCGCUUUUCUUCAACAAGCGGCGAUCUCACGACAAGCGGCUCUUUCAUCCAUUCACAUUCAGAGCUCCGGCGGCUCGGAUUUCAGCUGGUAUGCGUCGCUUUCCUUCAUGUGGUCAGCCGUCGAAGUCAAUGUCUCCAUCAUGUGUGGCUGCGUACCAAGUCUCAAACCUCUUGUCGCUCGCCUUGUUCCCAAAUUGAUCAGAGACACCAAUGACCCAUAUACUAUCCCUAAUAACAACUAUGCGACAGGGGAAAGCCCGGUGGCCAUGCCCCCGCCAGCUGCCAUUCCAAGCUCCGGCGGACCGUCACCUUCGACGUCACCGGCUGAUAGCAACUCGAGCAAGCCAUCUCAGACGAAGAGCCACAAUGCGACCCAUCAGAAAGACCCCGAUGAGCCCAUGGGACUAUUGGACUUUCUGGGUCACCCAGGCACCGGUCCUCAAGAUGCCGAAGCCAACACUCAUACCAGUAUAUCCUACCCACCAACUAUCACGUUCUUCGAUUUCGUCAAUAUGAAGAACCCGGAGAGCAUGCUCAAGUUGAACAACAAGGAAUCCAUCACUCCAAUUGCAUUGACCACACUUCUCUUCUUCCUGUGGGGCUUCGCGUACGGUUUGCUCGACAUGCUCAACUCGCAGUUUCAGACCAUCGUCCACCUAGAUUCCUGGCACUCGCUUGGCCUUCAUGGUGCGUACUUUGGAGGCUAUGUUAUCGCCCCCCUCUUGGUUGGUCGGCCAGUUUUGAAGAUCUGGGGUUUCAAAUCCACGUUUAUCACCGGACUUUGCAUCUAUGCUUGUGGAACUCUCAUUUUCUGGCCCUCUGCCGUUCUUACAUCUACUGCCGCCUUUACAGUCUCGAACUUCAUCGUGGGGUUCGGCCUGGCUGUGCUUGAAACCGCUGCGAACCCAUUUAUCGCUCUUUGCGGUCCACUUGAAAACUCCGAGAUCCGACUCAAUAUUUCACAGGGAGUCCAGGCCGUCGGCAGUGUCGUUUCCCCACUUUUGGCUAAGAAGGUUCUUUUCAAGGGUGUGAAUGACGUUGCUUCCCUCGUCGAUGUUCAAUGGACUUACCUUGGCAUCGCCCUGUUUGACGUCCUACUUGCAGUGGCCUUCUACUACCUUCCGAUCCCUGAGGCUUCCGACGAAGACCUUGAAGAGCUGGCCAACCGCCGUCGAGAAGACAACAUGACGAAGGUCGUGGGCAUUCCAGUCGUAUGGUUGACCCUUGGUCUAGGCAUCUGGUCUCAAUUCUUUUACGUAGCCGGUCAAGAAGUGCUCGCAACCAGCCUAGAACGCUUUACUGAUGCCUCAAACCAAAGCUCAGCUCUAGGUGCCUUUGAGUUCCUUACGAUUGGUCACAGCAUCUUUGCUAUCGGUCGCUUCCUCGCCGCCUUCGCUCAAUGGUUCCUCAAACCUCGCUGGAUCCUCAUGGUCUCCUACAUCGGCUUGAUCAUUUGCGCCGUGCUAUGUAUGAAUACAACCGGAAACACAGCCAUAGCAAUGGCUAUGCUUCUCUAUCUCUUCGAAAGUGGCGUUUUCAGCAUCAUCUUUGCCAUCUCUCUUCGCGGCACUGCCCAACAUACCAAAACAGCCGCUGUCUUCUUAACAAUGGCUAUUGGUGGCGGAACCUUUUUCCCUUUCGCAGAAUACGCUGCAUAUUUGACCCACGGCGCACAGUACUCCUUCUGUGUGAUUGUUGCUCUCUUUGCCGCCGGUGCCAUCUUCCCCAUUUACCUCAACUUCGUCCCAGCCGUUAAGAAGCAAGUCGACCCAGUGCCGAACGAGUAUCUGCGCCGCCGCCGACGCCGCAGUCGUGCUCCAGCAACAAUGCACCGAGAGAAACAGAAUCCUUCGUUCGGUGGUGUUCUCUCCAGGCGACGCAGCCUAGUUUCCGAUCCAGAUGAUCUGCCUGAUCUCCCCUUCCCAAGCGAAACACAUCAAUCCCCUGCUAUGGCCGGUGUGCAUGAUUCAAAGUCGAGCUUUUCUUCCCAGAUGAAACCGGACGAGCCACGGGACGGGGCCCUCCAGUACCGAACUUCAACUCUCAGACGAAAUUCUUGA